AUUCACUAUAUCUGGUCUUCCACAGUACACAGAACAUGGAAAUGCAAUUUUAGUAAAUAUAAACUGCUAAAUACCUUUUCUCAUCAGCAGUUAGAGCAGUCUUAGCACUGGUUAAAGCUUGUAGGAGGAGUUUUCAUUCUGCUCUAGGAGGAUGCAGUACCCCUGACCUCUGUCUGGACAGUGCUGAUUGGCCCUGUGCUGAUCACAUGUACUCCCAAGAGGAAAAAAAAAACUCUUUAGCAAUACACACCAAACUGAGCAUGUGCCGAGUGAUUCCACACAAUAUGUCUUAUCAGGAGAUAAGAGGGAGACACUGGAAGAAGGGGAGGAUCAGAGAAGUCAGGAUCAAGCAGCCUUUUUACACAAUGCAGAGGAUUAACCCCUUAGGUUCCACAGUGCCUAUACAAAGCAUGCUUUACUGCAUAUACAGACUGAUUUUACUGUUGUGGGUUUAG